UUCCAGCAUGUUAACAGAACACUCAUGCCUCUCCUAUCUACAUAAAUCCCCACUUCAUUCCUCACUCCCUUGCACCACUUACCAUUACUGCUACAUCAAUGGCAUACCUUACCAUUAUUCUAGGCGCAUUGCUUAUUCUCAGCACCCCCAACCUUCUAAUCCAUGCAAAAACAACUCCUAUAGCACCAGGGCCGACUCCAGCACCUCUCAACCUCACCGGCGUGCUCGAAAAAGGGGGGCAAUACACAACCUUCUUGCGUCUUCUCAAAGAGACACAAGUUGGGCAGCAGGUCCAGAGCCAGCUCAACAACUCCUACGACGGCCUCACGAUCUUUGCCCCCACCGACAAUGCUUUCAGUAAUCUCAAGGCCGGCACACUCAACAGCCUCAACGCACAAGAGCAAGUGUCCUUGAUUUUAUACCAUGUUCUGCCUAGGUACUAUAGCUUGGUCACCUUCGAGACCGCAAGCAACCCGGUGCGCACUCAAGCCUCAGGCAGCAAUGGAGUCUACGCUGUUAACAUCACCAGUUCAACAAAUCAAGUGAAUGUCUCUACUGGUAUAGUUAACACACCGGUGCAGACCGUGCUAUAUUCCGAUUUCCCACUUGCUGUCUACUCAGUUGACAAGGUUUUGCUUCCUUAUGAUCUCUUUGGACCUAAGCCUCCAGCAUCUGCGCCUGAGCCGGCUGAUCAUUCUCCAAAGAAACCCACAAAGAAGAGCCCUGCAGCUGAUGCCCCUUCGGAGGAGGCCGUGGCAUCUCCAUCCACUGCCAGCCCCAGUGAAAGGACUACUGGUUGGAGAACUUUAGUUGUCGUAAUGGGAUUUCUUGUGUUUUUUUGCAUGGGAGGUCAUUUGUGAGGAGGAUGUUGCAUGACAUUAUGGUCCUGUUUAUGAUGUGGACAUUUGAAUUGUGUUUGUUAUUUUGUAAUCAUUUUCACACAAUGUUUUUAUUUAAUUUAUUGCUGCUAUUUGGAUUCUGUUACA